UUUGCCGUCAACUCCUACCAUCUUUAUUCUUAAAACGAUAGAGCUUUUCGUUGUCACAGUGAAUCUUAUUACUAUGUUACUACUUUAGACCUAAUCCCACACUUUACCACCAUCAAAUUAUUGGUAGCUAAAAGAAUAUAUAAUAAAUUUUAAAAUAAUGGCUACAUGAAUACAUUUCAAACAUUCAAACACACACAUAGUAUUACAUACCCAAACGCCAAACCCUUAUUUUUCAUUAUUGAGAUAACAUAACACUCAACACAAGAAAGAUCGUCAACGCUGAGAAAUCAUCUUUCCUUUCUUCAUCUUUCCCUCUCUGAAACAGAAGAUUUUUUUAAAAGAAAACGAUGGCGUUUCAUCACAAUCAUUUCAAUCACUUCACCGACCAACAACACCAGCCUCCUCUUCCUCCGCCGCCACAGCAGCAGGAACACCAUUUCCACGAAUCCACACCGCCUAACUGGCUCCUCCGCUCCGACAACAACUUUCUAAACCUCCACACUCCCGCCUCCGCCGCCGCAACAAGCUCUGAUUCUCCUUCAUCCGCCGCCGCUAACCAGUGGCUCUCUCGAUCCUCCUCCUUCCUCCAACGCGGCGGCGGCGGCGCCAACAACAAUAACGUCGGUUCUGGUGACGCCAUGGAAAACGUCGCCGGCGGAGAGGAGUCGAUGAUCGGCGAGAAUGCGAGACACAAGGCGGAGAUACUCUCUCAUCCACUAUACGAGCAGCUGUUGUCGGCACACGUGGCGUGCCUGAGGAUCGCAACGCCGGUGGAUCAGCUUCCGAGGAUCGACGCACAGCUCGCUCAGUCGCAGAACGUCGUGGCUAAGUACUCAACGUUAGACGCUGCUUCUCAAGGACUCAUCUCCGGUGAUGAUAAGGAGCUUGACCACUUCAUGUCGCAUUAUGUACUAUUGCUGUGCUCUUUUAAAGAACAACUACAACAACAUGUUCGUGUCCAUGCAAUGGAAGCUGUUAUGGCUUGUUGGGAGAUUGAGCAGUCUCUUCAAAGCUUCACUGGAGUGUCUCCUGGUGAAGGCACAGGAGCAACAAUGUCCGAAGACGAAGAUGAGCAAGUAGAAAGUGAUGCUCAUUUGUUUGAUGGAAGCUUAGAUGGGUUGGGGUUUGGUCCUCUUGUCCCCACUGAGAGUGAGAGAUCCUUGAUGGAACGAGUUAGACAAGAACUCAAACAUGAACUCAAGCAGGGCUAUAAGGAGAAAAUUGUAGACAUAAGAGAGGAGAUAUUGAGAAAGAGAAGAGCUGGGAAAUUACCAGGAGACACCACCUCGGUUCUCAAAGCUUGGUGGCAGUCUCAUUCUAAAUGGCCUUACCCUACUGAGGAAGAUAAGGCGAGGUUGGUGCAGGAGACGGGUUUGCAGCUCAAACAGAUAAACAAUUGGUUCAUCAAUCAAAGAAAGAGGAAUUGGCAUAGCAAUCCAUCUUCUUCCACCGCCUCAAAGAACAAACGCAGAAGUAAUGCAGGUGAAAAUAGCGGAAGAGAGCGUUGAAGUCAGUUUGUAGCUGUGCAUGGAAAGAUCCAAUAGCUUGAUAGAAGGUUGGAGAUGCAAAGAUAAAACUCCUACACAAAACCAGCGUAGAAAGUAUUUUUGUGACUUCAUAUGUUGUAUUAGGGAGCACAAAAACCCCAAAAGACCAAGAAGUAGAAGCAUGAUUUGUAAUAUGAGGCUAAGAUGGAAUUUGUGAUAGGAUCGUUACUACCAUCCCCAUUAUUAUCAUGUCUUGUGAAUAACAAGGAGUUUCUCUUUUAA